AUGGCCGAGCCUUUUGACGUCAACGAGCUUGCUGAUUACUCUGAUGGAGAGCUGGAGCAAGAGGAACAGGAGACGUUGGAGGCGGGAGCCAAGUCGGACGAGGCCAAGACGUCGGCGGAUACCCACAGCACGGUUCACACUGCUUCGUUCAAGGAUUUCCUCCUGAAGCCCGAACUCUUGCGCGCCAUCACCGACUGCGGUUUCGAGCACCCCUCGCAGGUGCAGUUCGAGGUCAUCCCGCAGGCGAUCCUCGGCACGGACGUCAUCUGCCAGGCCAACUCGGGCAUGGGUAAGACCGCCGUGUUCGUGCUCUCGGUCCUGCAGCAGAUCUCGGCCGAAGACGGCACCAGCUGCCUCAUUCUGGCGCAUACGCGCGAGCUGGCGUACCAGAUCUCGCACGAGUUCGGCCGUUUCACCAAGUACAUGCCGAACAUCAAGGCGUCCGUGUUCUUCGGUGGUCUGCCCAUCGUUCAGGACAGGGCUACGCUCAAGAAGGAUCCCCCGCACAUUGUGAUCGGUACUCCUGGUCGUAUCCUCGCUCUGGCCAACGAGAAGGCUCUCGAUCUCAAGAAGAUCAAGUUCUUCGUCCUCGAUGAGUGCGACUCGCUCCUCGAGCCCAUCGACAUGCGCGCUGAUGUUCAGAAGAUCUUCCGUCUGACUCCCCACAACAAGCAAGUCAUGAUGUUCUCGGCCACGCUCAACGACGAGAUCCGCGCCGUCUGCAAGAAGUUCAUGCACAACCCGCUCGAAAUCUACAUCAGCGCCGGCAGCAAGUUGACCCUCCACGGCCUCAACCAGUACUACGUCCAGCUCGAGGAGCGAGAGAAGACCCGCAAGCUCGUCGACCUUCUGGACACUCUCGAGUUCAACCAGUGCGUCGUCUUCGUGAGCUCUGUCAAGCGGGCCGCCGAGCUGAACAAGAUCCUCGUCGAGCAGAACUUCCCCUCGAUCGCCAUCUACCGUGGCAUGCAGCAGAAGGAGAGAAUUGAGAAGUUCGCCCAGUUCAAGAGUCUGCGUGCCCGUAUCGUGGUCGCCACCAACCUUCUGGGUCGCGGUAUCGACGUGGAGCGCAUCAACGUCGUGAUCAACUACGACAUGCCCGGUGAGGCCGACACCUACCUCCACAGGGUGGGCCGUGCUGGUCGUUUCGGUACCAAGGGUCUGGCGAUCUCGUUCGUGUCCACCAAGGAGGACGGCGAGGUGCUCAACAAGGUGCAGAGCCUCUUCGUUGUGAACAUCCCCGACCUCAAGCCCGGCGUGGAGAUCCCCAAGUCCUCCUACAGUAUGGCCCUUCCCCAUCCCGCCAUCAUCACUUCACCACUCGACGUGCGAGCUCUCAGCCGUAUGAACAGUUUGUUUACUCUGCUUGUUUCUUCUUGCGCAGUGCAAGCCUAA